AGUACAAUAAAUGUCUCUGCAAGUGAAUUAGCGAUUUACUUCUCUAGCCCCUCUAUUCGCCCCCAGCUGCAGACCCAACUGUCAGUCUGCCGUCUUAUUCCUGAAGUCUUGCCCUCAGCUAGUCAAUUGGCUGCCUACAUCGAAACACCACCUGCAGGAAUUGACAGGCUAAUUUGGCAACAGGCCUGCGCUGACAACCCGAAUCCGGACCGAAUCUUGCCCGUUCCAAUCAUCGGACUUGGAGAGUUGUUGCGCCGACGCAAUGAUCAAGUUGCCUUUGCUGAGCAGCAGAUGGUCUCCCUUAGAAGAUGGCCGAACCAUGACUAG